AUGGUCGCGCAUUCGCCAGAGGAAUUUACUAAGGAUCAUCACCCAGCAGAGGAGCUUGAUCAAGCGAAGGAUAUUUGGCUCGGAGGAAAGAACUGUUUUAGAUUCGGCCUAGGAGUAACCGAUACAGUAAUCGAAAAAUUGGGUGACAUCGCACACCAGCUUUCAGAGAUACGCACCACCAACUCCCCCCCGAGGGAGCUUUACGAAUCCCGACUGGGCAAGUGGAUUGCUACCCUCGGAUUGAUAUUGGCUCGGAGUGAUUACUACAUGGAUCACUACAUCUACUUCAAACACCGAAACCGCGUGCUUUUCACUUACUUCGCGGAUUUGGUGCGUUGGCAAGUGCCAGAACAACGGGGAAGCUUUCCAGCCACUAACGGCGAUGGCUUUAGGUUCAUCCAGACGGAGCACCGCGGCUUACGCAUGGCCAUUCGUCAUGAGGAACUAUUUGUACGUCGUUUGAUGGACCUGCUCAUUGAGCAGCACGCUGUGGACACUGGUCUAACACGCCAUACUAUUAUUGAGAAUUUGCGUCACGAAAAAGCUUUCCGAUUUUCGGCCCAUGAAGACACGUUUAACCGGCUUUACAGUCAAGCUUCUAACGAGACAAUUGCCCGAGUGGUAACUGAAUGGGCGUACCACCGAGCUUGGGCCCUGGGGUGCGCUGCAGUCACAACAAUGUAUGACGUAGCCACAGUAGCUAAUGCACCCGCCCUUGCAGAGUUUCCAUCUCUAAGGACUAAAGCCGAGGCAUACUUGUUAGAAUAG